AUGGCUUCAACCGCCCCCACCGGCACGCGACGACAAGACAAGUACGACAACGACGACUCACAAGGGGCUGAGAGGAGCCGAGGACGACAAUGGAACGUUGGCCUUUCCGCCUCUGUGGGGUUUCCGAGUUCUAGAGCGAGUCAACAGCCCGGCCCCAUCACGUCCAGGUCGUUCCACGUCGUCGUCGUCGUCGUCUCCCAAGGCCCGGGUCCCCCUCAUUCGCUGCUGCUUCUUCCCACUGCCAUUUCUAAGUUCUUCGAGGUCCCGUUCCACCUACCCUCCCCUACCAACCAACCCCCCCAGUGCGCAUCGCAUGUGCCCAAUCGCCAAUUGUGCGUGCGGCGUGCCCAAAAAAAGUCCCGCCUCCCAAGUGCAGCCCGUCCCGAGUCGCCGGCAGACACAAGGGAGUUCAGCAUCGAAUCGCCCUGCAUCGCAUCCGGCCGGGACUUCCCACGCUCCUCAUACGACACGAACCUGCGCUUUCCGGGAUCCCCUCCCAUUGUCGCUGCUGAUGUAUUGUUAGCGUUCGCGGCCGCAAUUUCUCUGCACGUCGGCCUCGUCCUCGCUCUCUUUCCGUUUGCCAACUUGGGGUCGUCCUUGGUCUUCCUUGACCUCGACCUUAACCUCGACCUCGACCUCAUCCUCAACCUUGGCUCCCUCGCCCGUUCAUCCACCCCUCCUUGA